CCGAGCUCGAUUGCUUCCGCGGCCCGUCGGUAAAUGCCGAGGCCAUAAAGAUGUACAAAAACGAUCAGUUCUUUGAACUUCGGCUUCAAAGCUUGCGCAAACUGGCCUUCAUCAUUGGCUUCGUUGUCUUCCGCCGUUUCCCCCUCUCAGAUUCAUGGGCGGUUUCUCUCCUUCGACGUAUCUUCUAUGGUCUAUACUAGCGUGUCUAUUCGAAGGUUUCCUGGUUGCUCAUCUGUAUAGUUAUGACAAGUUCCAGUGCGUUAAAUGGGGCUCUGGCAGACAACCUGGUGCAUUCAAAAGAAUAAUGACAUAUUCGUAUCUAGCAACGGUGCCAUUGCUCAUGGUAUACUCGCUUACAAUGACUGUACUGUCCUACCAGCAAGGUUUCUUAAUAACAGCUGAUGGGAAAGUCCUAGCCAUUCCAUUUUCCUCUUGGACUCACACGGCCAGGAAACGACUUCUCCCGCUUUUCUUCGUCCUAGCAUCAGCGUGGGCGCUCGAGUUGGUGACCCAUCUUGAAGAACUAACAUUCUGGCUGUUUUUAUUACAUCAAGGGCCUCACAAACGCGAUUGGUUCAAGAGCUGGGAAUUCCGAGUCUGGUAUCUCGGAAGUGUCAUAGCGAUUCUGGGAAUGCCUUUGACAGUCAUCAUCAAGAGAGCUAACUUGGAUUUGUGCUUUGCAUGGAUUUUCCUUGCUGGCUCAGCCGCUGGCCUUGCAACUACCCUCUGUUUCAUGUAUGUCUUGGUUCGCUUCCCCGGUUUUAUACGCCGAGUCAAAUUCGAGGGCGCGGAACCCGAAGUCGUCGUGCGGCUGACCAUAUUUUAUCAACUAAACAUCACACGAAUGAUUUUCCGCUUCAUGUUUCAUUUCCCGCUACUCAUUCUCGCGUUGGAUGCUGUUCAAGGACCCCACGAUAUCAUUGCCAAACAGGCCGCUUCGGAUUUGCUCGUCAUGCUUGGUGGGAUUGGCUGCUUCGUAUCGUCUGCAAUUACUCUGUUUAUUUUUUUCCCGCGUUCAAUUACUCGGGAAAUUGGUUAUCGUGUCAAAAUAUCAUCUACACCAAGUGUCGACCAGAUAGCUCGCGCACCUUCACUACCGGAUUACCAUCGCGAACAGAAUAUGUCACACCCCAAGCCCACACCACCCGCGGUUGACACCUUUCACCAUUUUGAAAACCCCGAAGACCUUGCCGUCGAAAAUCUGUCACAAAAUCCAGAGUAUGAUGGUGAAGCUACGCCACAAUACGAAUCUGAUCCAGAGAGCGAUUUCAUUGACCCAGCCACUGUACAAGGGAGAAACUGGAUUGCAGACACCAACGACGACGCCACAACUUGGGAGAUGCACUCUAAUGAAAUUUUCAGAACAGGAUCAGUAACUUACCACCGACCGCGCAUCCAUCAGUCCCGGCAUGGUCGUAGACGUGAUAUUGAAGAACAACCAAGCAUCGGGAACAUUAGGGCCGAAAUAAACAAGUACAGCACUCCACCGGGGUCCGGAAAAGAUCCCAGCGCCGCCGUCAUCGUCGUUCCACGAAUAUCUCGCGUUGACCCCACUCGACCUUUGGUUAUGGAAGAGCCUUCUGCAUCACAUUCUUCUGACGUUGUCCACCCUUAUGCUAUGAAUUUUACCUCACCCAUCGAUCUAUGUGACGCCUCACUACCGCGAGCGAUAUGACUAAAAGUUAUUUAUAUAAGUGUCUUUUUUGCUUCUUGUGUUGGUUUGCUUUGCGUUCUAUCGGUUUUUCUGUGUCGCUUGCUUUGAUUGUAUAUUAGCAAAAGUUCGUCUAAAUCAUUCUGUCUUCAUGUUCUCGCUGCGGCUCUUAUGUUUGACUCUCAUUACUUUGUACUUAUUCUGUAUGUACAACACUACCAUCCCUCUCAAAAAUGUCUUGGAUAUUAUUUCUGACAGUUCAUUUGAUAACUUCUUUCUAUACCCUCAUCUAGUUCAUACCUACGGUUCGAAAUCCUGUUGUAACUAUAUUAAACAUAAACAUAACAUAGCGUUC